CCUGCCUACCUGCGUAUGUGUGAGUAAGGAGCAGAAGGACCCAAGAAUAAUAACAAUAUUAUAAAAAAGCAGAAGUUCAAACAAGAAACAACUUUGUACCGUUCAUUGUGGUCUAAAAAGGUGAUUCUUUGAUACGCCCAGUCGUUACCAGGCUUCUUUUGCUUCUUCUGUGAAUCAUGGUGUGAAGAGGAAGGAAGUCUUUCAAUGCUGUUUGGUGUCUAUUCAGCUAACUGCAUGAACUGGAACCACAGACUAGAAGUCAGACCAGCUUCCUUCUCUACACUAACUUGUAUUGCUAUGGUUAAUGAAUCUUAUUCAUAGAGUUUUGCUUGUAUGUCGUUUUUAAUUGUUUAUUUGUUUUUUUAUUCAGGUGUGUUUAAAUAUCUCCCAGAACAACAUAGUGAGAGAGGAGAGGAAUCACUAUGAAUAGAUCAGCAGCAAGAGGAUUUCUAGCUUUCCUUCUAUCAGUACCAGUGCUUCAGGGUAAUGGUGACUGGAGAGUUACUUACUCAUCUAGUAAUGUCUGUGCUUUAAGAGGAGCAACGGUUGCCAUCAGCUGCACUUAUGAAUUCCCUGACAACGUACAGUACCACCCUAACACAGUCAGAACACUGUGGUUUACUAAAGGAGACACGUAUCAGCCAGUUGAUCUGGAACACGAUACAGACUAUAGAGUUCAUGUUGAAUCCAGCUGUGGAGAGGUCAGAUGUACCAGGUCCAGAUGUCAUGGAACAUGUACCCUGAGAAUCAGAGACCUGAGACAGAGUGACUCUGCUGUCUACAAGUUUAGCUUCACAACAAACCAACCAGGAGGGGAAUAUACUGGUGACCCUGGAGUGACGUUAUCUGUAACAGACCUUCAGGUGAAGGUGUCCUUUCCUGACCCUACCAAUCCUACCGGGGCAGAGCUGAAGUGUCACAGUAUGUGUGGUCUAGCUGGUGACCCUCCCUAUAUCUGGUUCAGGAAUGGACUGAAUGUAAGACAGGGAGUGAAGUACAGGACCUACAUUCAGUCUGGAGACAGCUUCUCAUGUGCUGUUGAAGGAUAUGAACAUCAACACUCUCCUUUAGUGUACGCUCCAAAGACCCCCUCGGUGACCGUGAGUCCCUCUGGUGAAAUAAAGGAGGGCAGUUCAGUGACUCUGAGCUGCAGCAGUGAUGCCAACCCAGCAGCUACCUACACCUGGUUCAAGGUUAAUACAGAUCGUUCCUCCAGAAAGAUGGACAAGGGACCACAGCUCGUCUUUAGCUACAUUGUGUCUUCAGACUCUGGACAGUAUCGCUGUGAGGCUCAGAAUACGAUAGGGAAAAGAUAUGUCUACAACUCUAUUGAUGUUAAAUAUGGGCCUAAACGCACAUCUGUGUAUUCAAGUCCCUCUGGUGAAAUAGAGGAGGGCAGUUCAGUGACUCUGAGCUGCAGCAGUGAUGCCAACCCAGCAGCUGAGUACACCUGGUUCAAGAACAACCAACCUCUGCUCUGGGGACCAAGUCAACCUCAUACCCUCCCCUCAGUCCGCCCUGAAGACAGAGGAACGUACCGCUGUCACGCAGAGAACAAAUAUGGACAACUGAGCUCUAACUCGAUAUUCAUGGAUGUCCAGUACGCUCCAAUGACCCCCUCAGUGACCGUGAGUCCCUCUGGUGAAAUAAAGGAGGGCAGUUCAGUGACUCUGAGCUGCAGCAGUGAUGCCAACCCAGGAGCUACCUACACCUGGUUCAAGGUUAUUAGAGGUCGUUCUCCCAGAAAGAUGAACCAGGGACCACAGCUCGUCUUUAGCUACAUCAUGUCUUCAGACUCUGGACGGUAUCGCUGUGAGGCUCAGAAUACGAUAGGGAAAAGAUAUGUUGACAACACUAUUGAUGUUAAAUAUGCUCCAAAGACCCCCUCAGUGACCGUGAGUCCCUCUGGUGAAGUAGAGGAGGGCAGUUCAGUGACUCUGAGCUGCAGCAGUGAUGCCAACCCAGCAGCUACCUACACCUGGUUCAGGGUUAAUAGAGGUCAUUCCUCCAGAAAGAAGAACCAGGGACCACAGCUCGUCUUUAGCUACAUGGUGUCUUCAGACUCUGGACAGUAUCGCUGUGAAGCUACGAAUAAGUGGGGGAAAGAAUCAGUCACCUACUCUAUUAAUGUCAAUUAUGGGCCUAAACACACAUCUGUGUAUUCAAGUCCCUCUGGUGAAAUAAAGCAGGGCAGUUCAGUGACUCUGAGCUGCAGCAGUGAUGCCAAACCAGUACCUGAGUACACCUGGUUUAAGGACAACCAACCUCUGCUCUGGGGACCAAGUCAACGUCAUACCUUCCCCUCAGUCCGCCCUGAAGACAGAGGAACGUACCGCUGUCACGCAAAGAACCAAUAUGGACAACUGAGCUCUAACUCGAUAAUCAUGGAUGUCCAGUAUGCUCCAAAGACCCCCUCAGUGACCGUGAGUCCCUCUGGUGAAAUAGAGGAGGGCAGUUCAGUGACUCUGAGCUGCAGCAGUGAUGCUAACCCAGGAGCUACCUACACCUGGUUCAGCAAUACUAGAGCUUAUCCCUCCAGAGAGAUGAAGGAGGGACAACAGCUCGUCUUUAGACCCAUCCUGUCUUCACAAUCUGGACAGUAUCGCUGUGAAGCUACGAAUAAGCGGGGGAUGAAAUCUUUCACCUACUCUAUUAAUGUCAAUUAUGGGCCUAAACGCACAUCUGUGUAUUCAAGUCCCUCUGGUGAAAUAAAGGAGGGCAGUUCAGUGACUCUGAGCUGCAGCAGUGAUGCCAACCCAGCAGCUGUGUACACCUGGUUCAAGAACAACCAACCUCUGCUCUGGGAACCAAGUCAACCUCAUACCUUCCCCUCAGUCCGCCCUGAAGACAGAGGAACGUACCUCUGUCACGCAGAGAACAAAUAUGGACAUCUGAGCUCUAACUCGACAUUCUUAAAUGUUACAUAUGCUCCAAAGACCCCCUCAGUGACCGUGAGUCCCUCUGGUGAAAUAGAGGAGGGCAGUUCAGUGUCUCUGAGCUGCAGCAGUGAUGCCAACCCAGCAGCUAACUACACCUGGUUCAGGGUUAAUAGAGAUGGUUCCUCCAGGUACAUGAACCAGGGACAACAGCUCAUCUUUAAACUGAUCCUAUCUUCAGACUCUGGACAAUUUCGCUGUGACACUCAGAAUAAACUAGGGGAAAGAUCGUUCUCUAUCUCUAUUAACGUAAAAUAUGGUCCUAAACACAUAUCUGUGUUAUCAAGUCCCUCUGGUGGAAUAAAGGAGGGCAGUUCAGUGACUCUGAACUGCAGCAGUGAUGCCAACCCAGCAGCUGAGUACACCUGGUUCAAGAACAACCAACCUCUGCACUGGGGACUAAGUCAACCUCAUACCUUCCCCUCAGUCCGCCCUGAAGACAGAGGAACGUACCGCUGUCAAGCAGAGAACAAAUAUGGACAACUGAGCUCGAACUUGCUAUUCAUGGAUGUCCAGUACGCUCCAAAGACCCCCUUGGUGACCGUGAGUCCCUCUGGUGAAAUAGAGGAGGGCAGUUCAGUGACUCUGAGCUGCAGCAGUGAUGCCAACCCAGCAGCUGAGUACACCUGGUUUAAGGAACAUGAAGACUCAGUGAGAGAAUCAGGACAGAACCACACCAUCACUAAAAUCACAUCUGAGCAUGGAGGAAACUAUUACUGCCAAGCCCAUAAUGCAAUCGGACUUCAUAAUGCUACCUUUUUGUUAAUCCAAGUGAUAUCAUCAUCAUCAUCACAUCCAGCAAUGGUAGCUGUAACAACCAUUGCUGUCCUACUGGCCACCAUACUCCUCCUUGUCUUCCUCUGGAUGAGAAGAAAGAGGUCCUCCAGUAAAGCAUGUGGACAGGGAGGAAGGCCAGAUACCGUGGAGGAGCUACUUCCUGUUCCUGUGUAUGACAACGUCUCAGCUCUGACCAAUCGCUCAGACACUGCAGCACAGAGAGAACCAAUAGAAGAGCUGGAUGACCAUCACUAUGCCAGCAUCGACACCUCUGUGUCCGAGGAGCAGGAAGUGCCUGGCUCCGGUGGCCAAUCAGUCAAGACUGCUGUCUUUUACUCUCUGGUCAACAUUCAAAGGGUCAACGCUGUCCCUGGAGAAAGUGACCCGGCAGAAACCCCAGAGUUCUACAGCACCAUCAAAUAAUACCUCAGAUAUUGAACCAGUUGUUGCAGCAAUAUUUAAAUAGUGGAACUAGGUAGAGAGUCUAGUUUAACGGCACAAUACGCUCGCUGCAUCCUAUGGCGCUUAAUUACCUGGACGGAAUACUUGCCACCACUGCUCAUAAAUGAUCUGAUUGAUUGGACUUAUUUGACUUGAUUGUGUAUGUUCCACCAACCCAGUCGCCAAAAGCAUACGUUGACCGUGUACGUCUUCGUGAACACUGGAUUACGUCGCAUUUCAAAGUAAAAUGGCGUGUUAUACCUACAGUAUCCGCUCUUGGCGCUGUGGAGGCGCCUGAAGAAAGCACAACCAACAAGGACAUUUCCUGGUUAUAAAAUGCAUCAAUUCCAAAAUUAUAAUUAUUUGGAGACUUCCCAUCGCUGUUAGUACGGUGAAGGUGACGGUGAUGCAGGGUUGCAAGCUUCACGGUUUUCUCGCUAAAUUGGGCUGUUUUGAAAACAGAGUCACGGGUGUAAACCUCAAAGACACGGUUUUCUUUGGUACUUUCAAAUCCCACCACAGAAACAGUUGGGGUGUAUUAUGUAUUCUAUAAUCUUUAUGAAAACUCAGUCAGAACUAUUAAACACCAGAGGAUGGGCGGGGUGGGGCAGUGGACACACACACACACAAACACAAUGCAUUUCGCUGCUACAACAACAAAAAAAUAGAAAUAUUAUUACUUUCAAAACAUUGGCCAAAAUGAAACAUCUUUUAAUUUGGGCUGCUUCUAGGACAUUUUGGGUGGAUUUUGAACAGUAUGUGGGCAGGACGUUGUUUGCAGGACCUGGCAACCCUGCGCUGUUGUCCGAGGUGCUGAAAUUAUCCUGAACAGAUCUGGAUCCAUGGCCAAAAAGACUUAUAUUAUAGAUUAAACUUAACUUUUCAAUAAAUACUAUGGCAGAAUAAAGACUA